AGGAAACGACAAAUAAGAGACUUGAGAAGCACCCUUAGAGUCAGUAUGAACCAAUCAGACGUCUCUUUCUCUCCCUUUGUCUCUCUUCCAGCACAAGCACUUCACAGAGGACAUUCAGACCAGACAGUACAGAGCUCUGGAGGUUCUGAUUGGAGCAGAGUACGGACCACCUGCUGACAUCUGGAGCACCGCCUGCAUGGCCUUUGAGUUGGCGACAGGAGAUUACCUCUUUGAACCUCAUUCAGGAGAAGAUUACACCAGAGACGAAGAUCACAUCGCUCACGUCAUCGAGCUGCUCGGACCGAUUCCUCUGCCCUUCGCUUUGUCUGGCAGGUACUCCAGAGAGUACUUCGACAGGAGAGGUGAGCUGCGUCACAUCUCCAGCUUGAAGCCGUGGGGUCUGUUUGAGGUUCUGUUGGAGAAGUACGAGUGGCCUCUGGACCAGGCGGCUCAGUUCAGCGACUUCCUGUUGACCAUGUUGGAGCUGCAGCCGGAACGCAGAGCGACUGCAGCUCAAUGUCUGCAGCACCCAUGGCUGCUCACAUAGACACUCACUGAUACACACAAUGAACUACACACUGAUGUACACACAGACACUUACUGAUGAGGUUAUAAAUCUGUCAGUUGAUUUCAUGUGAAGAGGGAAGUUAUCGCCUCGACUGAGAUUUAAAUGUUUUAUUUGGUAAGUUAUCCUGACAAUCACUCGAUGGAUCUAUGGAUAUAGCGUCGGGUGUAACUUCCCUUCUUCUGAAAUCAGUUUCUGAAAGUGUUUCUGUUGUAACUGAUUUCCUGAGUUCUGGUUCUGAUCUUUGGUUCUGUGUCUUUGUUUUAGAUUCGACUGAUUUUCUGCCUCAAAGUUUCCAUGUGAAUUCUGCUGUUUGUUGAAUUGUGCCGAGUUUGUAUUUUACAGACGGCCUCUUAUUGUCUAUUGAUCAGAGACUCCCUGAUGAUGAAGACUUUAGAAGGUUUAGAUGAGCACACUGUAGCUUCCGUAGAGCAGCCAACCUUCUCACUGACGGUUGGUAUUGUUUGUAUUGACAGUAUUGAUCCCUGUAGCUCAAACCUCACCUGUUUCUAUGUUCAUGUAAUAAAUAGUGCCUUAAAAUGA